AUGAUCUAGAAACUAUAAAUUAUAUUUCUCAGCUCGCCAACACUAGUGCGAGCUAGCUAGCUUUGAUUUUACAUUCGACUAAAUUCAUGAUGAUGUCGCUCAAUUAUAUGCAAGCAACGAGCUGUGUGAGAAUGCUAGUGAUUUUGGCAUUGGCUUUGUUGCCGUUGCUUUCACGAGCGCUGGACAUGGGUCAGGUGAGGCAAUUAGCAGUUCGCUAUAACGUGACAGCAAUCCUUGUUUUUGGAGAUUCGAGCGUCGAUCCCGGCAAUAACAACAUUCUUCAAACUACCAUGAAGGGCAACUUCGCACCCUACGGGAGGGACUUCUUUAAUGGCCGUCCGACAGGAAGGUUUUGUAAUGGAAGACUCGCCACGGACUUCAUUGCGGAGGCCAUUGGCUUCACAAAACAAGUUCCAGCCUUUCUUGAUCCGAAUUUAAAGCCAACAGAUCUGCUACAUGGUGUCAGUUUUGCAUCAGCUGCUUCAGGUUACGAUGACCUUACUGCCAAUCUUUCGAAUGUAUUGCCCGUUUCCAAGCAGCUGGAGUAUUUUAUGCAUUACAUGAUCCAUCUGAGAAAGUUGGUGGGUGAGAAGAAGGCAAAUGAUAUUAUCAGACGUGCUGUGUUUGUUAUAAGUAUGGGCACAAAUGACUUUCUCCAGAACUACUACUUGGAAUUAGUCCGCCCUAAGCAAUUCACUGUGCAACAGUACCAGGAUUUCUUGGUCUCAUCCAUGUCUCGUGACAUUGAGUUAAUGCACGGAGUAGGAGCCAAAAGACUGGUUGUUGUAGGGGUACCGCCUAUUGGAUGCAUGCCACUUGUGAGGACAAUGAUGGGCCAGACAACAUGUGUGGAGAGUUAUAACAAAGUAGUCGUCUCAUUCAAUUCCAAGGUUCAGAAGAGACUGGAAACCAUCAAGGCAGCUUUAAGGAUGAAAAUUGCUUUUGUUGAUGUAUACGGUGUCCUACAGAAAGCAGUAUCCCAUCCCAUGUUAUACGAUAUAAAGGAAACUGCGAAGGGGUGUUGCGGGACAGGAGUCAUAGAGUAUGGAGAAACAUGCAAGGGGUUAAGUACAUGUACUGAUCCAACAAAGUACGUGUUUUGGGAUGCCGUUCAUCCGACGGAGAAAAUGUACAAGAUCAUAGCAGAUGAGGCUGUUAAAUCGCUUAGCCAAGAACUCGCGAGCUAAUUUAUUGGGUCGACGUACGUACGUACAACAUCAUGUUGUGGCUGAAAUUUCUAUCUACUUUUAGCAAACUAGCUAGCUAUGCACGAAGAGUGUCAAAUUAAUUUGUAAGCGUGGUGAUAAUACGUCGGACUUUAAUUUUUUUUAACUUAAUUUCAUAUCCUAGAGUUCGACUCUUCGUCUGGA